AUGCCUCAGGCUGUGGACAUGGCGAAUGCGUCUCCAGACCUGGACAACGCAGAGGCCCAGCGGCAGCUCCACAACAACAACCGGCCGUCCUCCUCUGCAUUCUGGGAAACCGAGUGCACCAGCUCCAAGCUCUUUGAGUGCUCCCGCAUUCGGGCCCUGGCAGAUGAACGGGACGCGGUGCAGAAGAAAACCUUCACCAAAUGGGUCAACUCUCACCUGAGCCGCGUGUCCUGCCGCAUCUCCGACCUGUAUACCGACCUGCGGGAUGGCUACAUGCUGACCAGGCUGCUAGAGGUGCUGAGUGGGGAGCUGCUGAACCACACGGUGACGGAGGAGGUGAGGAUGGACUCGAUGAUGGCCGUGUAG